GGGGGUGCGCGCGAGGCGGGGGGGCAAUGAGGUCGCCGCGGCGGCGCGCAGUACGGCGGGAACAUGGCGCGCGGAACCGGCGCGCGCGCCUAGCUGGCGGGACCGUUAGCUCGAGGCGGACGCGGCCCGGGCCCCGUGGGGAUGGAGCAGUCGCCGCCGUCGGCGCCCGAGUCGACCCCAGGGCCGACCCCCGCAAGAAGCCGAAGGAGGCGGGAGCCGGAGUCGCCGCCGGCGUCGGCGCCGAUUCCUCUCUUUGGUGCUAACACCAUUGGUCAGAGAAGUCCUGAUGGACCCGUACUGAGCAAAGCUGAAUUUGUUGAGAAAGUUCGUCAGAGUAAUCAGGCCUGUCAUGAUGGAGAUUUCCACACAGCUAUUGUUCUGUAUAAUGAAGCCCUGGCUGUUGACCCUCAGAACUGCAUCUUAUACAGCAAUAGAUCAGCAGCCUACAUGAAAAUCCAGCAGUAUGACAAGGCACUGGAUGAUGCAAUCAAAGCUCGACUUCUCAAUCCCAAAUGGCCAAAGGUUUGUUGGGCUCCACAAUGAUUGUCAUAUGAAGGCUUUCUGCAUUUUGUUAAUCAGAUACUAGAAAAAUUUGGACUAUUGUAAAUUAUAACCAAGUAUCCAGAUGUGGUGUUUUCCAUCCUAACGUAUAUCCUUUUAUAUAUGUUCUACAAAGUCCACACAGUCAUUGUUUUUAAAAAAACAACUUUUGUGUUUCACUCAUACUCUCUUUUCAGUCUAUAUCCCCAUAUGGUUAACAAUUAGCAAUGGUUUCUGUAUUAUAGGCAUUUCUGAAAAUGGGGAAAUAUCUAACGGUAAGCCCAGUGUUACUCUGAAAUGCAGAUUGUUAACUGCUUUUUUGUGUAAAUUAAUAAUGAACAACCAAAAUUUCUGUGGUAUGUCAUCCGUAAUAUAAAUGACAGGAAUAAAAGUUCAAAAAGAAACAUUUCAUUCUUUUAAAAGUAUCUGUCUUGAAAUAGCUUGAUUUUAUGUUGAGUCAAAUUUAUAUAUGUAAUGCAGUAUAUCACAAAGAAUAGAGUAACAGAAUGGCAUAGUGGUUAAGGCACAGGGUUAUGGAAUCAGACUUGAACUUGCAUCCCUUCUCUGUUAUUUGCUGGCUAUGUGACCUUCAAGGAGUCAUUUAACCUUGAUAAUCCUCAGUUUAUUCAUUUAUAAAAUGACAAUGAUCAACCGAUCUGGUAUGAUAAACACCUUUAAAAACAGGGCCUUGCAUACGGUCAGAGGUGAUUAUUCUUUGAAGUUUGAGAAUAGAAAAUAUGCAAAUUACCUUCUAUUUUUUCAGCUGUGAACAUUUGGCUGUAUUUUUUUCCUUCUUGGUUUGCUUUUCUCUCUAGCUGUUCUCACUGUUGUUUCAUUUGAUAGGAAACAGUCUUAGAAAGAAUUAGCUUGCUAAUGAAAUGCCCUUUCCUCCUCGAGCUUCUGGAACCUCAGCUUUUGACUUGGUUCUUACAUAUGUAUGCAAAUGAAACACUGCAAAGCUGUAGAAGGGAUGUAAAUAAAACAUUGAUUUCAAUCAUCAGAUUGUUAGUGUGCUAGAGAAAUGUGCCAGACUGCUUUUGACAGAACUAGAACGAAAGGCUUUUUUUUUUUUUAAAGAAGAAAACAGCAUGCCAAAUACUAAUUAAUUUUCUGAACAUUUCAAGAUUCCUACUGAGUGUAUAUUCCUAAGUCUUUCCAUAGAGUUUGUGACCUGAGAUUAGUGCCAAGAAGUUGAUGAUGAGGUCACAAGCAUAAAAUUUUAGUUUUAUGGUAAGAUAGUUGGCAUGAAACUUUAGGAUCUAAGUAUAGCUUAGUUACAUGAGAAACAAGUGUGUGAAAAACAAGAGAAAGAGAAAUGUUGGAUAUGUUUGCAAAAAUUUCCCCAACUCUCAUUAAACAAAUGCUUUUAGAAUGAAUGCUUGUAGCAGCACUCUUGUUUCUCUUAUAUAGCUGUUGUGGGAUUGCUGUAGUAAUCAUUGUGACUGACAGUUCACAUCUGGAGACUUGUAAAAUCUGCAUGUUGAUAACCCCCAUUUGGCUUUGCCUCAUCUUCUGUGAUAGAAGCUUGCUGCUUGCCUUUUUCUCUCCCUCAGCAAGGAGAUCCUCAGUCUGAUGGGUAAAAAUGAUAUCUCUUUAUACUUUUAUUUUCAUUUCUUAUAUUAUUCAAUAAAUGUUUUAAAAAUAUGAAUGAGUUUCAUUUUAAUGGAGGCUUGCAGGAGAAGGGAAGAGUGAGCAGAUAUGACAAGGACUGGAAUAAGUGUGGAGGAAAAGAGAGCAAGGGAAAAGGAGAGAUAAAUUGAGAAUUCAUGGUAGAAUGGCAAAGGUGAAGAGACUGGGGUGUGAAGUUAAGGGUAGGGGAGAAUGGGAAGAGAGAACAAGGAAGAUUAUUUUGAGGUUAGUAUCAGUGAGUACAUACUUCUGCUCAUUUAAGCUUUGAGAUUGUGAUUGUCACCUGUCAUCUACUGCCCUGUCAAAAUGUUAAUUAAUUAAUUAUGAUUAAUCAGUUCUAAUAACUAGAGGUUUCAUUCCAAAUAGAGAAAUCAGAGCAUCUACAAGAAUGGAAAUUCUGCUACAUGCAACAGCAGUCACUAGUGUAAAAUUGUAUUAAGGUUCAGAUUUGUCAUCCUCCAUGAUUAGAUGGAUUUUUAUAAUCCCAAGAAAAAGAAAUAUUUACUGUUUUUGGUUUGAGAGUUUGUUAUAAGGAUAUAUGUGCAGAGUACUGGAAGUCACCAUAACAGGUUUGUAGUCAUUCCUGAGGCAAACACUGGAAAGAUGGUUGUUGUUAUAGAUAAACCAACUUCCUUAAAGUUAGCAGUCCAGCGUGGCUCUCCUCAUUCCACUUACUGUGUGUAUAUUUUCAAGAAAGAUAAUUUGAUUGGGCCAGCUUGCUACUCUGCAUUGAGUACCUCUUUUAAUGGUAGUUCUGUGAAAACGUCUCAGAGGUGAUUUUUUCCCCUUAUAUUUAACCCAUCUACAUUGCUUUUACUUGUGCACUUGAAACUUUGUCCAGUCAGCUGUGGCUUGAUUUUUUUUUUUUUUAAUUCUUUGAACACGUACAAGAAGUCAGAUGUGUGCUACAUACUGGGAAGUCAGAAGUGAGCAAGAUAGGCCCCUGCUCAAAUGGAGUUUAUAAUUUGGCAUUAUAGUGGUGGUGAGACCGAACAUAAACAAGUGAACAAGGUGAUUUCAGAUGGUGUUGGGUCCAGAGAAAACAAUAAAUGAGGGUGAUGUAAUACAACAGUGACUUGGGGAGAGAGUCUGUUUUAGAUAGGGUGGUUAAAGUUCUGUCUGAGAAAGUAACACUUUAACUGAGACCUCAGUGAGCUAAGAUAGAGGGAGUAGUAAGUACAAAGGCUCUGAAGUUGGAUGGAUUGGAUUUUUUGGAAACUUUGUAUUAUGAAAAUUUUCAAACAUAUACACUCAUCACCAGUUUUAACAAUUAGCAACUUGUAGCCUAUCUUGUUUUAUUGAUGAACCUUUCCACCCUAUUCUACCCACAUAUUAUUUUAGCAUCAUGUUAUUUUCUAGACAUAGAAUUUUAUCUAAAAAUAUUUCAACAUGCAUGCCUAAAAGAU